GUCAUUGUGAUUCAUCAUCAGAAUAAUAAAAUUACUUCGAAGUCGUAUGAAUAAGAUGGAUCUUACAAGUCCUGUUUGGUUUUGGGUUGUUGGAGGGAUUUUCUCGAUAUUAGCCGUCCUUGGAAACGGUUUGGUAAUGUAUCUCAUUAUUUCAAGAAAGCGCCUUCGUAGCACAAUCAACUGGUUUUUAUUUUCGCUCGCUGCGGCCGAUCUUAGUGUAGGAUUGAUAUACUUUCCUUUUCUAGCCUGUGGCUCUGCUUCUCUUUGUGGAAAGUGCGUAGCGAAAGCAGUACGAUGGUUGUUCCUCGAUUUAUCCAUGACAAAUCUCUGUGCACUAACAAUUGAUCGGUAUAUGGCGAUCGUUACUCCCUUGAAGUACGCUACUUUUAAGGCUAAGGGACGACACUUGUUCUUUCUAUUAGCAGCGUGGCUCAUACCAUUUGCUAUUCAUCUUGUGCCCUAUACAGUUGUGUGCUAUUUGAAAUUGCACCUUGCUGAGGACAUUUUUUGUGCCGUCUGGCUCUUCGCGUAUAAACUUCCUUCAUGCCUCCUAUUAGUUACAGCUUGUUCAAGGACAUUAUAUAUAACAUCCAGACAAAACAGACGUCAGAGAAUUCUUCUCUCCCAGUUGAUUUUCAACGGCUUCGCUUUCGAUGAUAUGAAGACCAGUGGAUCACAAGGUAAAGCAAGCACCUUUUCCAAAGCUCUUGGAAUCAUAGUGGCCAUCUUUUCCAUAUCUUACGCGAUUGACAUCGCCCGACUCCUCUGCAUUACAUUUCAUUGGAACAAUCACAUUCCAACGGAUUUAGUGAGGAUACAGAGGCUACUAUUCAUAUGCAACUCGGCAUUGGAUCCAUUCAUAUACAGUUUUUUAAAGCGAGAUAUCUGGAGAGAAGUAAAGUUUUUCAUUUCAAAUACGUUCUGCCGCUCGAGAGCUUGAAUUGAAGUAGGUCUCAUUCAUAUAAAUUUUCCUUAAAUUUUAGGAAAUGCUGAGUGUUUAUGAUAUUCUUUUUGUUUGUUUGUUUUGCUUUCCAAUUUUUACCUAUUUUUCUUUCACAAUCCCUGGCAAACGGUUUGAAUGAAUUUGAAAUUUGCAAAUGAUAAUACCUUGACAGAAAUACUGAAUUUCAUUUUCUAUCAGGGUGAAAGUGUUGUACAUACGACAUAAACCAUAAUCCUCCAGUCCCUUUAACUUUUUACCUCACAUAAGUGACCAAGACAGAAUUUCUCCUUCCAAUAUCAAUGUAACAUAAGCAGACAAGUGAUGAGAAUAAAGAAAUAUAUUAAUUGGGGGUUUAUUAGUUGAUCUAAAACCAAAUUCCUCAAACUUUCGUCUAAAACCAAGUUCCUCAAACUCACAUGAAAAGAAUUGUAUGGUAUACAGUAAGGAAAAUUACUACCGAGAUCUUGGGAAUGAAAGAGUUAAAAUAUAUUAUUUACAUUAACAAAACUACCAAGUACCCAAAGAACAAUCUUUUUCAUACAAUAUAUAAAAAUUUAAUGCAAUAUACAUCUGCAAUAAAGACACAUUCUUCACACUCUUGUACACAAAAUGCAAGGGAAAAAAACACUGAAGA